CUGUGCUAAGAAGAGAGAGACUACAUACUCCAUUGCCCCAUGUGGCAGCAUCGCUGUUUCACCGCGUGCUUAUUACCUAUGACUCAAUAAAUCUACAGACUUCACCAUACAGUCUUGGCUAUUGAAGAAUAGGGCGGUUUAUCUGCAUGUCAGACUACACACACCACAGGGUAAUGUGUAGCGAGGACAGAACAGUGAAACAGCGGCUACCCAGCCAGUGGGAUACAAGACACAGAGACCUGCUAUAGUGCAGCUACCUGCUCACAGAUAUACAGCACUCUCUGCACAGACAAGCAUCUUCUUAAAGGCACAAUGUCUCAGAAAUCUUCACACAAAUCCAGAUCUGUUGCUUCUGUCUCCACAAAAGCUUCAUCUAUUAGCAGUGCAGUGGCCAUUGCCCGCGCAAAAGCUGAAGCAGCUAAAACGCGAGCAGCAUUCGCUGAGCAAGAAAUGCAAAUAAAAAUAGAGAAGGCAAGGCUAGAAGCAACAUUAGAGAAACUCGCUGCAGAAAAGGAGGCUGCAGCCACCAUUGCUGAAGCAGAGUUCUUAGAGGCUAUAGAGUAUCCUGAAACACUACAGCGUGACAGCAUACCAGGUAUGAAGCUUAAAUCGCAAGAUCCAUUGCAACGCACGUCAGAGUAUGUAAAUGAGCUCCCAGGUUCAGACAGCAAUACUGAUCCAGUACAAAAGCCCAAACGUUGUACCAUAAGUGAAAUAGGCCCAGUACAGCAUGAAGUGCCAUCCUGGGUCAACUACAAGCAAGAGAACAACUCGGCUGGUAAUAACCUCAUUACAGGUCAAGCAGUCAAGCCAGAUCACCUCACUGUUGCAUCUCCCCUGACGCCAAGGCAGCAUGAUACUGGCCAGCACAACCAAGAGACUACUAACAGGUAUGAGCAUACCCCAUAUUCUUACCAGGGUAGUACACCACCAGUAUACCCUGCUGUCUACCAGACCACAAUGGACUUUGCAAAGUUUUUUACACGGCGCGAACUAGUCGCAAAAGGAAUUGUGACGUUCAAUGAUCGUCCUGAAGACUAUAGAGCCUGGAGAUCUUCCUUUCAGAAUGUCACAAGAGACUUAGACCUGUCAUGUAGUGAAGAGGUGGACCUCUUGGUCAAAUACCUGGGGGAAGAGUCAAGCAAACAUGCAGCUAGGAUCAGGGCUAUCAAUAUAAACUACCCCGAGACUGGUCUUAAAAUGAUUUGGAGCAGACUUGAUGAGUGCUAUGGCUCAGCAGAGGUUAUAGAAAGUGCCCUCUACAAAAGAAUUGAGGACUUUCCCAGGAUAACCAACAAAGGCUAUCAGAAACUCAGAGAACUUAGUGACUUACUAAUGGAACUUCAAGUUGCCAAAUCUGAAGGGGACUUACAAGGACUUGCAUACCUUGACACAGCAAGAGGUGUCAACCCUUUAGUUCAAAAACUACCCUUCAACCUACAAGAGAAGUGGAUUACCCAUGGUUCCACAUAUAAAUAUAAACAUAAUGUCCCAUUUCCUCCAUUCUCUGUUUUUGUUGAUUUUGUGCAUAAUCAAGCAAAGAUAAGAAAUGACCCUAGUUUUGAUCUUACAUUGUCAUGUGCCACUCCAGUUCUCAAUUCCCGCAAAACCUCAGUGGCAGUACACAAGACUAAUGUUUCUCCUCCAGAUUUUAUUCACAGGCCGGCAAGCCAAGCAGAGGUAAAGGCACGGGAUCCAAGCAAGCAGUGUCCCAUACAUCAAAAGCCUCAUCCUCUCCUAAAAUGUAGAGCCUUCAGAGAGAAACCAGUUGAAGACCGCAAAAGAUUCCUGAAAGAGAAUGGCAUCUGUUACAAGUGCUGUGGAUCAACAUCUCAUUUUGCCAAGGAUUGCAAGGUCAGUGUAAAAUGCACAGAAUGUGACACCACAGAUCACAACACAGCUUUACACCCUGGUCCAGCACCAUGGGCUUCACAGAGCGCUUCAAGUGACACUGAGCAUGGCGGGGAGAAAGGAAACACUGCUAUAGCUUCACCAGAGGUCACUUCACAAUGCACAGAAGUGUGCAAAGGGACAUUAGGCAGCAGAUCCUGCUCUAAAAUCUGUCUAGUCAGAGUCUACCCAAAAGGCCAAAAAGACAAAGCUGUAAAACUGUAUGCUAUACUGGAUGAUCAGAGUAAUAGAUCCUUAGCCAGAUCAACAUUCUUUGACAUCUUCAAAACUCAAGGACCAAGCACUCCAUACUCCUUAAAAACCUGUGCAGGUACCACAUCCACAAUGGGGAGGAAGGCCACCGGCUACCAAAUUGAAUCCUUAGAUGGACAGACUUGCCUUCCCUUGCCUACCAUAAUUGAGUGCAACCAAAUUCCUGACAACAGAUCUGAAAUUCCUACAAGAGAGGUAGCAAGCUAUCAUUCACACCUAAAGAGCAUGGCACAUCUUAUACCAGAACUUGAUCAUCAGGCACAGAUAAUCCUACUUCUUGGGAGAGAUAUUUUACAAGUACACAAGGUGAGACGUCAUAUUAAUGGUCCCAAUAAUGCUCCCUAUGCCCAAAAGCUAGACCUAGGAUGGGUCAUAAUAGGAGAUGUAUGCUUGGGACGCAUGCACACUCCCACCUCUGUGACCAGCAUGCUCACCAAUAUGCUAGACAAUGGUCGACCUUCUCUUUUCCAACCAUGCAACAACAACUUUCAUGUCAAAGAAUUGCCAUACUGCAACCAACUGCUCUGCACCUAUACAGAUCUUCCGUGUGACAGCCAUGCAGCAUCUAACAUUUAUGAAGAUCAGUUAGGUUGUACAGUAUUUCAGAGAACAACGAAGGAUAAUCAAGUGGCAAUGUCAAUAGAGGACAAGUUGUUUUUAGACAUAAUGCACAAUGGAUUUGUUAAAGAUGAAACUAACAGCUGGGUCGCACCUCUUCCAUUCAGGAGUCCCAGACAACGCCUGCCUAAUAACAGAGAGCAAGCUCUAAAACGUUUCUCUUCUCUCAAGCACAACCUGCAGAGGAAACAAGAAAUGAGAAACCACUUCUUCACCUUCAUGAAAAAGAUAUUUGAAAAUGGCCAUGCAGAGAUAGCUCCCAAACUCAAAGACUUUGAGGAAUGCUGGUACCUACCAAUGUUUGGAGUAUACCACCCAAAGAAACCAGGCCAAAUCAGGGUGGUGUUUGACUCUAGUGCCAAGUUUGAGGGUGUCUCUUUAAAUGAUGUUCUCUUGACAGGUCCAGACCUGAACAACAAACUUAUGGGAGUACUCAUGCGCUUCCGCAAUGAUUCUAUUGCCUUCACCGCUGACAUUCAACAAAUGUUUCAUUGUUUCCUUGUCAAAAAGGAAGACAGGAAUUUCUUAAGAUUUCUCUGGUACAGAGACAAUGAUCUUUCUAAAGAAGUUAUAGAGUAUCGUAUGAGAGUGCACAUCUUUGGCAACAGUCCUUCGCCAUCAGUUGCAAUUUAUGGACUCAAAAGGUCUGCUCAAGAAGGUGAGGCGGAAUAUGGAUCAGAUGUCAGAAAAUUCGUAGAAAAGGACUUCUAUGUUGAUGACUGCCUAAAAGCUAUGCCUUCAAAUGAGACUGCUAUUAAUCUCCUCAGGAGAGCUCAAGAAAUGCUUGCCUACUCAAACCUCAGGCUUCACAAAAUAGCCUCCAAUAGUCAAGAACUAAUAGAGGCCUUUCCAUCUCAGGAUCGCUGUAGUGAUUUGAAAGACCUGGACUUAGGGACUGACCCUAUGCCAGUACAACGCAGCCUUGGACAUCUCUGGAAUCUAAAAUCGGACACAUUCAUCUUCCAAGCCAGCAAGGAGGAAAAGCCCUUCACACGUAGAGGUGUUCUGUCCACCAUAAAUAGCUUGUAUGAUCCCUUGGGGUUUGCAGCUCCUGUUACAAUUCAAGGUAAAGCCCUACUCAGAAACUUAACCCGUGAAACAUCUGACUGGGACACACCUUUACCAGCCGAUCAAAGGAUUCAGUGGGAAGAGUGGAAAAACUCUCUUACAGCUUUAUCUAAACUCAAUGUAGCUAGACCCUAUGCACCAGUGCCUUCUACAGAAAUACAAAGCCAAAAACUCUACAUAUUUUCAGAUGCUUCUGUCAAGGCAAUUGCUGCUGUGGCCUAUAUUAAAACCAUGGACUCUAAAGGACAAUGCCAUGUCGGAUUUGUCAUGGGUAAAACCAAACUUGCACCAUACCCUGAGCACACUGUACCCAGACUAGAACUAUGUGCUGCUGUACUAGCUGUUGAGGUAGCUGAAUUAAUUACAUCUGAAUAG